GGCGGGGACGCCGAGUCGGGGCUGCCCGUGGAGGUGCGCGGCUCCAACGGCGCCUUCUACAAGGGCUUUGUGAAGGAUGUCCAUGAAGACUCUGUCACCAUCUUCUUUGAAAACAACUGGCAGAGUGAAAGACAAAUUCCUUUUGGGGAUGUCCGGCUACCACCUCCAGCUGACUAUAAAAAGGAGAUCACAGAAGGGGAUGAGGUGGAGGUUUAUUCUCGAGCCAAUGAACAAGAACCUUGUGGUUGGUGGCUGGCUCGGGUGCGGAUGAUGAAGGGAGAUUUCUAUGUCAUAGAAUAUGCUGCCUGUGAUGCUACUUACAAUGAGAUUGUCACCUUGGAACGGCUCCGGCCUGUUAAUCCCAAUCCCCUUGCAACCAAAGGCAGCUUCUUCAAGGUUACCAUGGCUGUACCUGAGGAUCUGCGAGAGGCCUGCUCCAAUGAAAAUGUCCAUAAAGAGUUCAAGAAAGCAUUGGGAGCGAACUGUAUCUUUCUCAACAUCACAAAUAGUGAGCUCUUCAUUCUGUCUACAACAGAAGCCCCUGUGAAGCGGGCAUCCCUGCUAGGUGAUAUGCAUUUCCGAAGCUUGCGGACCAAGCUGCUACUCAUGUCUCGAAAUGAAGAAGCUACGAAGCACCUGGAGACGAGUAAGCAGUUGGCAGCAGCUUUCCAGGAGGAAUUCACCGUGCGAGAGGACCUAAUGGGCCUGGCUAUCGGAACUCAUGGAGCCAACAUCCAGCAGGCCCGAAAAGUGCCUGGGGUGACUGCCAUUGAGUUGGGUGAAGAAACCUGUACUUUCCGCAUCUAUGGGGAGACUCCUGAGGCAUGCCGACAGGCCCGAAGCUACCUUGAGUUUUCUGAGGACUCUGUUCAAGUACCCAGGAACUUGGUUGGCAAAGUGAUUGGAAAGAACGGGAAAGUGAUCCAGGAGAUUGUGGAUAAAUCUGGUGUGGUGAGGGUUCGAGUGGAAGGUGAUAAUGACAAGAAGAACCCCAGAGAGGAGGGAAUGGUCCCUUUCAUAUUUGUCGGGACUCGAGAGAAUAUCAGCAAUGCUCAGGCUCUUCUGGAAUAUCACCUCUCCUACCUGCAGGAGGUGGAGCAGCUUCGCUUGGAGAGGCUACAAAUUGAUGAGCAGCUGCGGCAGAUUGGGCUCGGCUUCCGGCCUCCUGGAAGUGGGCGGGGCAGUGACAAAGCUGGCUACACCACCGAUGAAAGCUCCUCCUCAUCCUCUCUCCACACUACACGAACAUAUGGAGGCAGCUAUGGGGGCCGAGGCCGGGGCCGCAGGACUGGUGGUCCUUCCUAUGGUCCCAGCUCGGACCCAUCUACAGCUUCUGAGACUGAGUCCGAUAAGAGAGAGGAGCCCAACCGAUCUAGUCUGGGUGACCGGGAUCCCCCAACCCGGGUGGAAGAAAGCAGGAGGCGGCCAAUUGUGGGCCGGGGUAGGGGACCACCACCUGCUUCCCGGACCUCCUCGAGAUACAGCUCUUCAUCCAUCAGCUCAGUGCUGAAGGAUCCAGACAGCAACCCGUACAGCCUCUUGGACACAUCUGAGCCAGAGCACCCCGUUGAUUCAGAGCCAGGGGAGCCCCCACCAGCAAGUGCAAGGCGACGCCGCUCCCGGCGACGCCGCACCGAUGAAGAUAGAACUGUCAUGGAUGGAGGCCUGGAAUCUGAUGGGCCCAGCAUGGCGGAGAAUGGCCUGGAAGAUGAGUCAAAACCCCAGCGCCGUAACCGUAGUCGCCGCCGCCGUAAUCGUGGCAACCGGACUGAUGGUUCUGUCAGCGGAGAUCGGCAGCCAGUGACAGUGGCUGAUUAUAUUUCCCGAGCAGAGUCUCAGAGCCGCCAACGACCUCCCCUGGAACGCACUAAACCCUCAGAGGAUUCUCUUUCUGGACAGAAGGGUGACUCUGUCAGCAAGCUUCCUAAGGGCCCCUCAGAGAACGGGGAUCUCUCUGCGCCCCUGGAGUUGGGUAGUUUGGUGAAUGGGGUUUCAUAAGACCUCCAGCCCACAUCCCUUCCUUCUCCAUAUCGCUUGCUGCCCAACACCAUGGCCCUCACAGGCCCAACCGACCUGCGCUGGAGCUGCUCUUAUCUAGGGGGGAGGGGGGUGGCACAGCAGCUUGGGUACCCCCCAACCUCCAGGAGCUAGAGGAGGGGUGUGUAACAGGGUCAUACCUGCCUCCCUCUUGUCAACUACCCCCAGGGCGAGGGAGCCUCUCUCCUUCCCCAUCAGACUGGAUGUGCCUUUAUCCUCUAAUGCCCCGAUCUCUCCGAACACCCCACUUUCCACUUGGUGGGGGGAUGUUCCUUUACUCACCCGGAUUUGACAGUUCAGGGGCUCCCCUGCUAUCCCUCCUCCCAUCCUGUACCCCCCAUUUCUGGGGCCUCAUCACUGUGGAAGACGGGGAUAGUAAGGGUAUAUAAGUGGGUGGGAGGCAUGGGGAAGGUUUUGGAGUAGAGCCAGGGCUAUGUAUGAAGGGUGGGGGUGAAAGGUCCCCUCAGGGCUGGGGAGACCCAUCACCUUGUUUAGUGGAUGAGAAGGUGUAUUUAUUUUUCACUGUACAGUAUUUAAAAAAGAGAAUAAAAAAUCCAA